ACCCUCAGAAAACAUCCACCAAAGGACCUCAGCAACCAAGCACAGAGGCUGAUGAAGCUGAUGAGGCUCAGCUAGCUGAAAAGAAGGAAAAAGACCAGAAUCCUGCGAGUCUCAGUGUGUCAUUUCUCCAGCUCAGUAACCCACCCAACCCGACAGAGCCAUGCCACCCCAGCUGCCCUCCCAGAACCAGGCCAGCCCCCAUGUGGUGCACGGGGACCUGGCGUCCCUUAGCCCGGUCUUGCGGGAGUUCAUCGAGAGCAGCAUGUCCCUGUGUCAGCCUGAUGCUCUGCACAUCUGCGACGGCUCGGAGGAGGAGAACUCCGCCAUCCUGGCACAGCUGGAGGAGCAAGGAAUGAUCAAGAGGCUGCCAAAAUACGAGAACUGCUGGCUGGCACGCACAGACCCGGGUGAUGUGGCUCGGGUGGAGAGCAAGACAGUGAUUGUGACCCAGGAUCAGAGGGACACCAUUCCCUCCCCCCGCGGCAGCAGCGUCAGCCAGCUGGGCCGCUGGAUGUCACAGGAAGAGUUUGACAAGGCCAUGAACCAGCGCUUCCCGGGCUGCAUGAAAGGGCGCACCAUGUAUGUGAUCCCCUACAGCAUGGGCCCUGUGGGUUCCCCGCUGUCCAAGAUCGGUGUGGAGCUGACGGACUCCCCUUACGUGGUGGCCAGCAUGCGGGUGAUGACGCGCAUGGGCAAGGCUGUCCUGGAAGCCCUGGGGAACGGGGACUUCGUGCGCUGCCUGCACUCAGUGGGCUGUCCCCUGCCGCUCAAAAAGCCAUUAGUGAAUAACUGGCCCUGCAACCCUGAGCUCACGCUGGUGGCCCACAUACCUGACCGCAGGCAGAUCGUGUCUUUUGGCAGUGGCUAUGGAGGGAACUCAUUGCUGGGAAAGAAGUGUUUUGCACUCCGAAUUGCCUCUCGCAUUGCAAAGGAGGAGGGCUGGUUGGCUGAGCACAUGCUGAUCCUGGGCAUCACGAGCCCUGAGGGCCAGAAGAAGUACAUUGCUGCUGCUUUCCCCAGUGCCUGUGGAAAAACAAACCUUGCCAUGCUGUGCCCAGCUUUGCCGGGCUGGAAGGUUGAGUGUGUUGGGGAUGACAUCGCUUGGAUGAAGUUUGACGAAGAAGGCAACCUGAGGGCCAUCAACCCAGAGAAUGGAUUCUUUGGUGUUGCCCCUGGAACCUCUGCUAAGACCAACCCCAACGCCAUGGCCACCAUCUGCAAGAACACCAUCUUCACCAACGUGGCUGAGACCAGUGAUGGCGGUGUGUACUGGGAGGGCAUGGACCAGAAACUUCCCGAGGGGGUGACCUUAACCUCCUGGAAGAACAAGCCCUGGACACCUGAGGAUGGUGAGCCAUGCGCGCACCCCAACUCCCGCUUCUGCACCCCCGCCAGCCAGUGUCCCAUCAUUGACCCCCAGUGGGAGUCACCGGAGGGUGUCCCCAUUGAGGCUAUUAUCUUCGGGGGCCGCAGGCCACAAGGUGUGCCUCUGGUGUAUGAAGCAUUCAACUGGCAGCACGGUGUGUUUGUUGGUGCCGCAAUGAGGUCAGAAGCCACAGCUGCUGCAGAGCACAAAGGCAAGGUGAUCAUGCACGACCCCUUUGCCAUGCGGCCCUUCUUCGGCUACAAUUUCGGCCGCUACCUGGCGCACUGGCUCAGCAUGGAGCAGAGACCCCGUGCCAAGCUGCCGAAGAUCUUCCACGUCAACUGGUUCCGCAAGAGUCAGUCCGGAGGGUUCCUGUGGCCUGGCUUUGGGGAGAACAUCCGCGUGCUGGAGUGGAUCUUCCGCCGGCUGGACGGGGAGGCCGAGGCCGUCUCCUCCGUGGUGGGGUACCUGCCUGCCGGGGGAGCACUCAAUCUCAAGGGCCUGGACCAGGUGAACCUGGAGGAGCUGUUCGGGCUGUCCAGGGAGUUCUGGGAGCAGGAGGUGCAGGAGAUCCGGGCGUACUUCCAGACGCAGGUGAACGAUGACCUGCCCGUCGAGGUGGAGAGGCAGCUGGAGCUGCUGCAGCAGAGGGUACAGCAGCUGUGAGCAGACCACCGAAGCCAAGAUCUCAGCUGUCCAGAGGCCAGAAAAAAAAAAAAGAUAGCCUAGUUGCACCAAUUGUGAACUUAAAAUAUUAUAUUUUACUGUUGUAUUUGAAAGAUAGUAAUGCUGACAGGAAGGAAAAUAGAAUUACCAUCUGAAGUCAAUGCAAAUUAAAAUGAAAUCUAAAUUGAUUUACCAACAGAUAAGUCCACACCCUGCAACUUUACCCUGUCAUUCACAAAUCUGGAAUGUACAGAAAUAAUGAAAUGUCAUCAAUGGUAUGUCUAGGAAUGGUCUCAACUGAUUGCUUGAGAGGGAGAAAAGGCAGUCUAAGGCGCUGCCUGGAUGUUUAACGACAUAACUUAUUUCUACACACUUUUCUGUAGCAUAUAUCAUGUGU